CAGCAGUCUGUCAGACAUUGCAGUGGUCAUCACUUCUCCAGUGAACAAGUGAAUUCUGAAUUUGCAUCCUAUCAGGUUGUGUGAUCGACCAUCUCUCAGGAUGACGCACCAAUUCCCAGCCCUCUCCAGUGGUCAGAAGCAGGAGCUCCAGGAGAUUGCCCUUCGUAUCGUCACUCCAGGGAAGGGCAUCCUGGCUGCUGAUGAGUCUGUUGGCAGCAUGGCAAAGCGCCUUAACCAGAUAGGGGUUGAGAACACUGAGGAGAACCGCCGGCAGUACCGCCAGAUCCUCUUCAGGGCUGACGACCGCAUCAACAGCUGCAUCGGAGGAGUCAUCUUCUUCCAUGAGACGCUGUACCAGCACGCUGAUGAUGGCACGCCCUUUGUCAAGAUGAUCAAGGACAGGGGCAUCACUGUGGGAAUCAAGGUUGACAAAGGUGUUGUCCCCUUGGCAGGAACCAAUGGAGAAUCUACCACUCAGGGACUGGAUGGGCUCUCAGAACGCUGUGUUCAGUAUAAGAAGGAUGGGGCAAAUUUUGCUAAGUGGCGCUGUGUGUUCAAGAUCAGUGAGACCACCCCCUCUAAACUGUCCAUUGAAGAGAAUGCAAAUGUCCUGGCUCGAUAUUCAAGCAUUUGCCAGCAGCAUGGGAUUGUGCCUAUUGUGGAGCCAGAGAUUUUAUCUGAUGGAGAUCAUGAUCUGAGGCAUUGUCAGUAUGUCACAGAGAAGGUGCUAGCUGCAUUGUACAAGGCCAUGUCUGACCAUCAUGUGUACCUGGAGGGCACUCUGCUCAAGCCCAAUAUGGCCACUCCUGGCCACAGCUGCCCCACCAAAUACAGCGCAGAGGAGGUCGCCAUGGCAACGGUUACAGCCUUGCGCCGCACCGUCCCUCCUGCUGUCACGGGAGUAACAUUCCUUUCUGGGGGUCAGAGUGAAGAGGAGGCCUCUGUCCACCUGAAUGCCAUCAACAACUGCUCCCUGGUGAAGCCCUGGGCCCUCACCUUCUCGUACGGCCGAGCCCUUCAGGUCUCCGCACUCAAAACCUGGCGUGGACAUAAAGAGAAUGAGAGUGCUGCCACUGAGCAGUUUAUCAAGAGAGCAGAGGUGAAUGGCUUGGCCUGUCAGGGGAAGUACACUGGUGGCGGGGACAGUGAAUCUGACCAAAUCUAUGUGGCCAAUCAUGCAUACUGAAGAGCCAGUGAUGCCUCACAUUACAGCUUUGGCUAACCAAUAGCAUUGUCCACUGUCACUGCUAUACCAAUGGCCAAUCGCAGGCAUGUGCUGUCUACAAUCUGUAUUCUAGGAGUUAUAAUAUAGUUACUUGAGUGUACACACUUGUUAUUAAAAAAAAGUGCACAUUGGUGGACCCACUAGAUGUAGGGGUCUAAUGAAAUUAGUCAUUAACUGAUGUCCUUUGAUUAGACACUUUCAACAAUAUUAUUGUAACCUUUGAGAUGACAACAUGUUCUUGUGGUAGUAGCAAAAUGAAACCUAACUGAUGUUUGGUUGUUUCAUUAUUUAUUUUGAUGAGAUCCAGGAUCAACUUUUGCCAUGUAAAGCCACUUUCCAAACUGCUGCACUAAGCAUUAGAUAGGGUGCGUGGUGUAGGCCUAUUGUGUGUGACGAGAAUGGAGAAUUCUAGCUUUCUUGAAAAGACCAUAUUGCCAUUCCAAAUUCUGGAUUAAUGAUGGGAUAUGUGUGUCUAAACAAAAUAGCUGUGUGAAGAUACUAUUUUGUAGAAAUUGUGUGUGUGUUCUUGCUUAGAGGCAGAAAGUUCCAAAGACGUGGUUUUGGAUGAACUAAUGGACAGCUAGACUUACAGUAAAUAGUGUUGUUGGAAAAAUGUUAUUUUUGUGACUUAGCUAAGUAUUGUUCUCUAUGCAACUGAUUAUAAAAUACUGUAGUGCAAAAGUA